GUGUUAGACAUUGUUUAGGUUGGAAUUAAAUGGUCUUUAGGAGUAGAUAAAUUUAUUGGCAUUGUUUACGUUAGAAUUAAAUGGAUUUUUGAGGUGUUUUGGUUGUUUUAUAAUUAGGUAGAUACAUUGAUGAGCAUUUACACGAACAAAUCCCAUACUCUCAUUAAGUUUGCUUUAAAAAGUGACUAACUUUCCCUUUCUCAAUUCAUAUUUCUUUCAUUUAUGUGGAAUUCAUUUCUCUUCUCUUAUCAGAAGAAGCUAUAUUUCUUCUUUUUUAAUUUCUCCUCCUUCGCUAUGGAUCCAUUUAGUGAACCUUGUGGCUUUCAAAAUCUCCUAAACAGUCAACAACCAAACCCCUCCUUCUCCUACCUCUCUCGUGAACCAAGUAUUGAAGUCUCUGGAUGGCCUGAAGAUGCAAACGAAGAUGAAGUCAUCUUGUCUGACCGUAAAGAAAGGCGGAAAUGGUCACCAACUGAAGACAAUGUGCUCAUUUCUGUUUGGUUAAACACGUCCAAAGAUCCUGUCAUGGGAAAUGAGCAGAAAGCAAUUGCGUUUUGGAAACGAAUUGCUGCUUAUUUUGGUUCAAGUCCACAGCUUGCCGGUUACCAAAAGAGAGACACAACUUGCUGUAAAUCGAGGUGGGGGAAGAUUAAUGAGGGCGUGUGCAAGUUUGUUGGUUGCUAUGAUGCUGCAACCAAACAAAAAUCGAGUGGCCAGAGUGAGGAUGAUGUACUGAAGAUGGCUCAUGACAUUUUCUUCAAUGAUUAUAAGAGCAAAUUCACACUUGAGCAUGCAUGGUUGGAGUUGAGGCAUGAUCAAAAAUGGUGUGGAGGUCUGGCGAGUAAAGAUAAUGUGAGCUCUAAGAGAAGAAAGCUGGAUGAUCAAUCAUCACAGUCAUCAACGUCAGUGCCAUGUAGCCUUGGAGGAGAUGAACCAACAGCUCGGCCUGCUGGUGUCAAAGCUGCGAAGGGCAAAAGUAAAGCGGCUGUGAGUAAGGGUAAGACUUCUGAAGCAGAAGGGAAGUUGUGUGUUGACUUUCAGAACAUGUGGGAGAUCAAGCAAAAGGAUUUUGUAUUGAGAGACAAGCUUAACAAGCAGAAAUUGCUCGACUCCCUAAUUACCAAGACAGAGCCAUUAACUGAACCAGAGAUUGCUUUGAAAAAUAAGCUCAUUAAUGAUAUGUUGGCUUCUUAGUUUGAGUUUAUGGAUCUUUACAUUCUCUUAUUUUAUGUAUGAGUUUCAGUUAAUGUUUCUGGUCAAGUCUGUAUUUGUUUCUCUUUGUUUUCGAGUCUGUAUACAUUUUCUUUGGAGUCUGUAUUAUGUAUAAUAUUGGCUAUUUCAAUGAAUAAUAUUGGUUUCUGUUUUUCUU